AUGAGCAGUAAUGGGACAGGCCUAGCCACUGGCUACCUCUCCUCUUCUGUAGCAGUACUUUUGUUUGGCUCAAACUUUGUGCCGCUUAAAAAAUAUGAUACUGGUGAUGGAAUGUUUCUCCAGUGGGUGCUCUGUGCUGCUGUGUGGCUGGUUGCCCUGGUAGUUAACCUAGUACUACAUUGCCCUAAGUUCUGGCCUUUUGCCAUGGUUGGGGGCUGCAUUUGGGCAACAGGGAAUAUUGCUGUUGUUCCAAUCAUCAAAACCAUUGGCCUAGGCCUUGGAAUCCUUAUCUGGGGAUCACUCAACGCCUUGACAGGCUGGGCGAGCUCCAGAUUUGGCUGGUUUGGAAUGGAUGCAGAAGAAGUACCGAAACCGCUGCUGAAUUACAUUGGAGCUGGGCUGUCAGUCGUAAGUGCUUUCAUAUUUCUGUUCAUCAAAAGUGAAAUACCAGGUAACGCGUGUUCCACAGACACCACCCCAUUAAUGACAGCACAUGAGAUCAACACAGCACCAGACCCCUGUGCCGGCUGCUCCUGGGUGGACAGGCUUUCCCCGGCCCACCACCGCAUAGUGGGCUGCAGCCUUGCUGUGAUAUCUGGAAUUCUCUAUGGGUCUACAUUUGUGCCGAUCAUUUACAUCAAGGACCAUGGGAGAAGAAAUGACAGCAUGUAUGCAGGAGCCAGCCAAUAUGAUUUAGACUAUGUUUUCGCACACUUCAGCGGCAUCUUUCUUAUGAGUACAGUCUACUUUCUGGCCUACUGUAUAGUCAUGAAAAAUAGUCCUAGACUAUAUCCUAAGGCAGUCCUGCCAGGGUUCCUGUCAGGAGUGCUUUGGGCAAUAGCCACUUGCUGUUGGUUCAUAGCUAAUCACUCACUCAGUGCCGUGGUCAGUUUUCCAAUCAUCACUGCUGGUCCAGGAUUUAUAGCUGCACUGUGGGGUGUCUUCGUUUUUAAGGAAAUACAGGGUCUGCGGAACUACUUACUAAUGAUGCUGGCGUUCUGCAUCAUCCUGGCUGGAGCUCUGUGCACCGCUUUUUCUGAACUCUGACAGGCAGCAGUGCUUAGGAGAACUCCUCUGGGGACAAGAAGCAUCUUGCAGAAGACAGAUCUCAUUUUCACACAACAGAUCUCCACCACGGUUGGAGUGGGUAAAUGACUGUUUUCCCCACAAAUGUGAGAAUGAAGGGAA